CAUCGUUCCGUGUUCAUCACCAGUUGAUUGUCGCUAUUUUGACGGAAAUAUUUUAAGUAUGCACACAAAUUUACCGCGAAACCAGGUGUUUUUGUACAACAAUUGUUCAAAGUUAAAGAAAACUAAAAAACACGGGUAGAAGGUUGCAACAAUUAAUACAGGAAAAUUACAAAAUUCCAAGGUUUGUUUGGAUGUAAAGUAAUGGUCUUGGUGUGCAAUGAGUGGUUAAAAAAUAAUGUUGAUGAAGACCAGACGUCAAGUUCAUUAUCGCCGACGCCAGCAUCAGGAGCAGUCGGAUCAACGGCAUUAAACAGAACUGGCACAACCGACACGGCCACGGAAUUACCUCAGACGACCAGAUAUCCAUCCGGGGAAGAACCUGCUGUGAAGCCAGAGGAGGCGCAAUACGCUUUAAACAUGGAAACUGAAAAAAAUUUGGAGCAGGACAAUUUCUUUCAUAUAAUGGACAUAAAAGAAGAUAUGGCUGAUAGUAACAACGAGGCGUCCACGAAGAACCAGGAAAAUAAUAAUAUGGAACUUUGUGAUUCCAACACAGUAUGUAUUGACCGACGUCCGGCUGAAGUUUCCCAGCAUGCUAUGAAUAUGGCCAUGAACUCUGUGCUGAAUGCAAAUAACACCGGGGUUGGAGUUCGAGUAACUACUGCCUGCAGUCUGUUUAGCCCACUAGGAGUACUAAACAAUAGUGCUUUACAAAGGGAGGUGGCAUCGGAAUGCGGCACUUUACAAGUCUCUUCAGUGCCCCCAACUUCUGGCGUAGAUCUAGACAUAGGAUUGGAGUCUGCCCCAACGCCAUGUAAGGGUGCAGCAAAAAUCGUACUCCUAUGUGAACCAAAGUCGCACAAGUUUGAAACGAGAUCUAUAUUGCUGCAGCCCAACCAGGAUUGCAAGGUGGGCCGCCUUAUAGCUAAAAGUAAGGCGGGUGAGGGGAACGCUAUAUUUGACUGUAAAGUAUUGUCAAGAAACCAUGCGAUUUUGUGGUACACUCCAGACGGUAAAUUCUGGGUCAAAGACACAAAAUCCAGCAACGGUACCUUUAUUAACGACAACAAGUUGGGUAGUGAUCCAGCGGAACUACAUUAUGGCGAUAUUGUGAAGUUCGGCGUUGAGGUAAUUGAGAAUUCACGUCAGGAGGUACACGGGUGUAUCCUGGCCCGUGUCGCCCUCUUUCUACCCAAUGGACAAGAGGCCAUUUCAGUUGAGGCAGAGCAGAUGAUGUUGACUGUGCCUAACCGAAUCAGCUUUGAUGAAGUGCAGCGCCUAAGCUCGUUCCUCCAAGAGGCUGCACAAAGGGAAAAAUCUCUGAAAGCUAAAUUAAGCAGCUUGCAAGGCGUCCUUGAUAACACCAGAAAGAACUCUGCGAUGUGUUGGCAAAGCAUGAUCACUGAAGACCAAUUGCUUCACAAGAUAAAUAUUCUGGAAAAGAAACUGCAAAUGAUGGAAAAGAACAUUCCAGAGAAUGCACUGCGAAACGAGAUUGUAAAGCUUCUUGAGGACAAAACAACGUACCAGUUGACUGCCAAAGAGGCCCUGCGGAAGGUCUACCAGGAACGCUGCGAUGCUAUGCAAAUGCUCUCUAAGAUGGAGAUGGCCUACGCCACUUCUGAAAACGAGUGCGGCAUACUUCGCGCUCAAGUUCUAACACUAAAGCAGACGCUGACUGAUUUCAAUACCCGGUUAGAGGAACUUCAGCAGGAGUACAUGGAAUUCAAGAAGGAGUCAGUGCGCCAAGAACAAGAGGCUAAAGAGCAAGAAUCACGCAGCUUAGAGGUGCUAAAUGGAAAGCUGACGACGCAGGAGCUCGAGCUUAAGGAGCUUCGUCUGCAGGUCUCGCGAAUCCAUCGCGAUUUAUCUGAGUCUGAUACUGAACAUUUGAAGGAGCGAAUUGUCUUAAAAAACUUAGAUACAAUAAAUCUUGACGAUUAUGACCACGCUCAAGAUAGAGCGCUAAAUGAAAGGGAUGAUAAUGAAAGUUCUGACGAUGAUAUUUUGUCUGUGUCACCAGCUAAAAAUGUGUUGUCUGAAACGAAAAAAAGGAAGCUAAAACUAAGUAAUCCCGAUUUAGAAGAAGGCAAUUAUAAAUCGAACGUCUUAAGAUUGCUAAAGAACUCCGAUCUUGGCAAGGGAGAAGAAGGAUCUUCAGUGCUUAAAGCUAUUUUUAAUGGUGACGAUGAAGCCUUUGAAUGCAAAGUUAAGGAGGAGGAGGAUAUGGCAAACGAUUCAGUUCCAACAGAGUUCGUUAGCAGAAAUACAUCCGAAAUCGUGGAUCACUUUAAAAACCAUUCUUCAACUACACAUACAAUUUUAGAGGAUUCGGCUGCAACGAAAUUGUCAGCCCCUAAUGCGGAAAGUAAGGAAAAGCUUGUAGACGUUGAGGAAAAUCUUAAUAUUCCAAAUGCAUUACCGACGGAGCAGGCAAUUGAUAUGUUACAAGAGGAAUGUGAUACGUACAAGAAAAAAACAGCUCAUUUAACAAGUGAAAUACACUUCCUGCAAGGACAAAUUGAGCUAUUAAAGAAGCAGCUUGAGAAAGGCGUUGAUCACAAUUUUGCAACAAACUUGCAGGAAGAGGAAAACAGUUUACCGCGUGAGACGUUAGAGCUAAUUGAUAAUCGAGAUAGCACAGAAGGUGUUUGGAAUGAGGACAUUGCAACCAUUAAUAACCCCAACGUAGAAAAUGAAGAAGAACUAAUUGUUUACAAAGAGCUUCUUGAAAAUUCGGAGCUUAACAACAUGCAGCUUCGCAAAGAAAUCUCUGAGCUGCACUUAAAGCAUAAACACAUCCCAUUUAGUAAACAAGAGUUACUAUGCCGCUUUCUACCUCUUGGCUGUGUUGCCAUCGGCCUGCUCAUAUAUUUUCUUUCCAGUCGAAUUUAAGCGCCAUUCUUUUAGCUAAUGAGGAAAACUCGCGCAUUAAAAGCUUUUAUCUACACACUAUUAGUGUACACUGGGAUGACAGCAUAUUUAGUUAAUGCUUGCGUUGUCGUCAAGCUUUAUUAAAUUUUUAUUUGCAUUUGGUUUCAAAAUCACUUUAAGGUCCAAAUUUAAGUCGAAAUAAUAAACCAGAGACAAAAUUAUUAUUAAAAGUAAUUUACUGCUUUAAGCAUGGAACUCGGUUCAAUAAAGUUCUGCAAAUUAC